AUACCAGUUUGCUAUCCUCAUAUUGUGCUUGAAUGCUUUAUGGUGGCGAAUUAUAUGUGAAACGUGCUUGAUUUGGCCAUUCUUUUCUCAGUAAGGGUCCAGUCAUUAUGAUUUGGUGGCUUAGCUUAGUCUGUGACUGUGUGUAGUUGGUGCAGUUUGUAAAAUAUAUCUGUAUUGGGAACCGAGCUGUUAAACUAUGGUCUCGAUGCCAUUCAAUAUUUGUCAUGGGAAAGUUUAUUUGGGUUUUUUCAUGGUUGCAGAUGUUGUAAACUCGGAUCUUUAAUAUCGGCAUGCCCAGCUUGUAUAAUUGGACAUACCAUUUAGUUCUGCUUUGUUAGCAAUUGUUUCAACAAGAUAAGGGCGGAGUUUAAUUUUGUGCUUUACUAGUGUCAUGGUUUUAAUUAGUAGUUGCAGUCACCAAUAUUUUCGUGCCCUGCUUUGAAAUGCUUCAUCGUGCUAAUGUUGCCAGAACAGUUUCAAAUCUGUCUUGAUGCACAAUCGUGGAAACAGUUUUCAAGCAAGUUGCACAAUCUGUUUUGAACAGUUUCCAUGAUUGAGCAUCACCAUGUAGUGUUCUUAUAUCGGAGAUGAGAAUCAUUGUUUUGAUUGUGUUGACUUAUUGCCUCAUAGUCACAAAAUAUGCCGCCCUGGAUCACUUGAACAUGAACAAAUGGUUGUUAGUAAUCCUAUCCCAAGAGAAAUGUGUCUGCAUGAUGCAUAUAUGCCAGGCUUAGUUGGAUUCUAGGUAGUAUGCGAUAUGGAAUAUGCAGGGUCCUGGCAUCUUAAUGUAUAGGUAGGAUAUUAAUAUUCCUCUAAGGGGAAAUCCAUUUUAGCAUAUUGCUUAUAAGAAUUAAUUACCUGCAGAGCUAUAAAGUAAGAAGGCUCCACAGGGUUCAUUCAGAUGGUAGGACUAGCAGUAAUUAGUUAGUGUCUUUCUUUCAGACGAACCAGAAGCCUUUGUGCUGUCCAACUGCUGCCUCCCCGUCACCACUAACACUUACAGUUGCAGCAAGAACAUAAUUGCUCUUAAUCCCUAAUCUCCUCACCAUCUCCUCACUGUUGGCCUUCCCUGCAAGAGCUGUUGUCUCCCCCCUCACCACCUACACUUGCAGCAAUAACAGAAUCUGCUCUCAAUCCCUAACCCCAUCCCCAUUUGCUCACUGUUGACCUUCACUGAAAGAGAAACUCAAGAAGAAUGACAACAAUCAAAUUACUUCGGCUGCUCCCCUUCCAAAAUAGGAGCAACCAUUGGCCAUUCGGGCAGUGUAUAGAGUCUUAAACUGCUGCCAGAACACACACACACACGUGUGCACGGAUACUUUGAACCUCACAAUAUAAUGGCGGAUCAAGAUAAUCCCCCCUGUGAGGGCUUUGAGUACAUUUCUGACCUAGGGGAGCGUUCAUAUGGGUCUAUUUCUGGAAAAAUAAUGAAUCUCUCCAACGGACAUCAUCUUGUUGGACAAUAUGUCCAAGAAGUUAUGAUCAAGAAGGGUGUGCAUUUGAAGAUGAAACACUUUGAUAUCCUGAAGCAGUUUCAACAUUCCUGCGCUAUACCUCUUCUCAACUUUUACCCAGAAUCUAUGAAUAUGGGCAGAUUAAUAAUACCCAAAGUCGAUGAUGCAUUUGACAAUUGUUUUCUUGGGAUAGAAACAGAAGUUCUAUUUGAUUCAGAUGGAGGAAUGAAUAGAUUUUUCAGAAAUUCUGUCAUUGAGCUAUGUGAUAUGAUAAACAAACUCCACGGGAUGAAUUUCAUUCUGAAAGAUGGUAUAACUGUGCCUAAUUUAUAUGUACAGAAGCUAUCAGAUGGUCAGAUAAAAAUCAUGUUCCUCCUGUCAGAAGUAAAAGAAUCAAAACAAACUAGUGCUGAAGGAAGGUCAGAUUGGAACUCACUCAAAGUGCUUGUGGAGCGGUGCUUCUCAGAGAAACAUGUUCAGAUGAAGUCUGUCACGAGAUCGUGGAUAAAUUUUAUUGGACAACAGUCAUUUACCAUUGACAAGAUGAGAGGGUACCCUGAUAACUGGAACUGGGUAAGGAAAGGGGAGUACCUAAUGACCCUUAAAUCGAGGGAUCAUCGGGCGCUGCAAAAUUCACUAAGAGGGACUGGUAUUACAUGGCCUGAUGAACCAUUGCCUUAUGAACUGCAAAUUAUAGUUGAUUCAUCAGCAUCUGAAGGGCGUCAUUACAGUAAGGAGGUUCCACUCCACUACCUGGUAAUGCUCGCUAAUGCUUAUAAGCAUUUCUACUCAAUGGGUCUCCAUGAUAUUUUCGGGGACCUGGAAAUCUUUGUGAAGUAUAUCGAAGUGUGGACGACCACAAUUUGGACUGAGCUGUUUGAGAUAAUAGGUUGGCCAGUUAGCCUGCAUGGCAUCAAGUAUGUCAGGGAAAUAUUAUGGUAAUGUUGACCCAGAGCCGCUUCAAAGUUAAAGCCAUAUCAUUUGGUCACCCAGGAGCUGAAGAUCCUGAAGCCACUUCAAAAUUAAAGCCAUAGCAUUUGGUGACCAAGGAGCUGCAGAUCCUGAAUCCAUCUAACUGCCUAGGAGAUCUUGUCUGGUGUCUUCUGAUUAGAAAUAAAACCUACUUAUGGCUUGUCACAAUUACUGUACGAUUGCCUGGACGCUGAAAUUUUCGCAUUUAGUGUGUUGCACCACGU